AUGCAUGUAAUUUUGUCUUUGAAACAUUUAAUUGAAAUACUGUUGAAUUCCUAUGGAGUACGACCGGUGGCUUCAAAUCCUUUCAAUGGCCAACACAUAGCAUGAGCAAUCCAGGGAUUAUACACAUAAUUGAUUCUUUCACCAUUUAUUUUCCCCAUAGGAAURGCUGAACAAAGCAGAGUUUACUCAUUUCCGUUUUUAGGACUACAAACUGGCAAACUCUAUUGAAAGACAAUUAAUAAAAUAAGGCAUCGCAAAACUCUCACAAAUUGAAAAACAUAUGUGGCCAUAUUUGAGAUUAGCGAAUAAAUCCUUUAAUAGGGAAUUUAAAUGUUUUUGUUGAGCUGAACGUAAUUGCAACAAAAUAUUGAAGGCCUGGGCAACUAAAAUAAUUUGUGUGAAAAAAAUAUUUCUUCAACACUACUGAUUAAAUAAAAUAAAGCAAUAUGUGUUGUUGAUUUCUGUACUAAAACAAAAUAGAUUUUCCAGUUGAAAUAUUCAUAAAUACAUUGGCCUGAAACGUAUUAAAUCUGCUUUAGGAUUGAUAUACUACAACUCCCAUAGUUAUUUUCUGUAAACAGGAAAUGUGGAGUCCAACUUUCAACCAAUCAAAAGGUUUUCCAUUAGUUACCACAGCCACAAAAUAAAAAUUGGCUAUAUCGUAAAAAAUCAUGGAAACAACAAUUGGCUUUUUGAUGUUAAUGUAAGGUUAGUGUUAUGUAUAAGUUAGCAGUGUGGUUAACGUUAGUUUUAAAAUCCGAUUUUAAGAAAAUAAAUUGUAGAAAUAGGCGGGGUYAUGACUUUGUGACUGUAAUAAUGACCAAUAAAAGCUUGGAGGUUUGCAUGAGCUUGUUGUUAGCAAGCUAAUCCCGUGAAUAACUUUCGUGAGGCCAAUUUGUAACCUACGCGUUGCGUUUAUGGAUGUAGCUUGUUGUAAUUAAAGAAAUGGAGACCACACCGAAGACAACCAAAUCAAAACCUGUGCACGGCACACCCUGCUAUUCAAAAUCAAGCCCAUGUGAAUCCAGUAGUGUGCAAAAGCCAAAACAGCAGAUGAGUUCUUCUCUGAAGGAACGACUGAAAAGAUCAAAACGUUCCUUCACCUCUCCUGUUUCCGUGGCCAAACGUCUUAACAUCGAUGAUGACCAACUACCCUCAACAGCAGACAAAGAGUCCGAGCAUGGUGCCAAAACAGACAGACAGAAGAAUAUUGACAUCAACAGAAAUGAGAGAACGCCCAGUGAAUGUCCAGAGACGAGUGAGAGAACGCCCAGUGAAUGUCCAGAGACUAGAAGGGCUGGGGUCCCUGGCCCCAUGCCUGAAUCAGCUCAACCCACUCCUAUAGACUUGCUACAACUACGAGACCAAUUGAAGAGAGAGGUUAAAGAAAGGACCGAGAGACUACGGCGACUGAAGAUGGUUAAAAUGUACAGAAGCAAGAAUGACCUGACACAGUUGAGAGUUUUGAUUGACAAGUGGCGGAGUUGUAGUCAGGCUGCAUUGUAUGAGCUCCAGUCAGAUCUCCCCAUAGAUGGCAGGAAAGCCAGCAUCUCCCAGCUAAUUGACCUCUUUGGUGUAGAGGACAGCAUACUGCACUUUGACCGCACAGAAGAGGACUUCACCAAUGCAUAGACCCACAUGCCUUCUGUUCAUAUCGUCACAAAUAAUAUUAAUUGUUUAUCAAAUUUCCUGCCUCAGAUUUGCUGCCUUCGUUGAAUAAUCUAGAUUCAAUCUUAUGUACUGGCUGUUUUUCAACCUAAAUUUACUAUGAUCCACAAGUAAUUAGAGUGAAAAAAUAACAUUAAUUUGCCACUUCAUCAGUUUAAUUUCAUACUGUUACCUACCAUAGUAAUUUAUUUUAUUAGAGUUCUAUAUUUAAAGAUGAAAAUCAGUUUGUGACGUUUUGUUAAAAAAAUGUAAAUAAAGUGUUUCCUAAA